GCUCUCCGUAGAUGUGCUGGUUUUCCGGCACUUCCACGCGACAUACCUUUUUCAGUGUCCAACCACGGUUCAGGUCCCCGUCUCGUUUCCGCCGUCCCGGACGCAUCCCCGGAACAUAAAAACGUGAGUGGUCGUGCAGCCGGAGGAGGAUAGAGGGGCGGAGACGGCGGCCGGAGAGAUGUCGGAGAAAGAGAGCGUCUGUGUCACCGGCGGCAGCGGGUUCAUCGGAUCCUGGCUCGUACGCCUCCUCCUCGGCCGCGGCUACACAGUCCACGCCACCGUCAAAAAUCUCGCGAGUAAUUGGAUACUUAUUUUGCUGGAGCUUGAGAGGGAGUUUGGUGAUCGAGCUGUUCUGUGGGCAGAGGAUGAAGGCGAGACGAAGCACCUGCGAGCGAUGGAGGGCGCGGAGGCGUCGCGGCUCCGUCUCUUCCAGAUCGACCUCCUCGACCCGGCCUCCAUCCACGCCGCGAUCCGAGGCGCCGUCGGCGUCUUCCACCUCGCCUCUCCCUGCAUCGUUGACCGCGUUCACGAUCCCGAGAGAGAGUUACUGGACCCGGCGGUGAAAGGGACUCUGAACGUGCUCCGCGCGGCAAAGGAGAGCGGAGUGAAGCGGGUGGUGGUGACGUCAUCGAUCUCGGCCAUCGUCCCCAGCCCUAGCUGGCCCGCUGACGUGGUCAAGGACGAGAAUUGCUGGACCGAUGUCGACUAUUGCAAGCAGAACGAGAUUUGGUAUCCUGCUUCGAAGACUUUGGCAGAGAAGGCGGCAUGGGAAUUCGCCAAGGAGAAUGGAUUGGAUGUAGUGGUGGUCAAUCCCGGCACGGUGAUGGGUCCAGUCAUUCCACCGAGCAUCAAUGCCAGUAUGGCCAUGCUGUUCCGACUUCUUGAAGGCUGCUCUGAAGAGUAUGCAAAUUUUUACAUGGGAUCGGUCCAUGUCAAAGAUGUUGCACUGGCUCAUAUCCUGGUUUAUGAAAAUACAUCAGCAUCUGGAAGGCACUUAUGUGUUGAGUCCAUCGCACAUUGGAGCGACUUUGCAUCCAAAGUUGCAGAACUUUACCCAGAAUACAAAGUGCCCAGAUUUCCAAAGGAUACCCAACCAGGGCUACUGAGAGCCCAAUAUCCAUCGAAAAAGCUGAUUGAAUUGGGUAUGGAAUUCCACUCCAUGGAGCAAAUUAUCAAGGACGCAGUGGAGAGUCUUGAGAGCAAGGAUUUCAUCUCCUGAACUAUUGCUGCAUUUGUACCUCUAUAUCUCGUGUAAACCAUGCAGGAUGUCUGAUACCAUGAGUACACAAGACUUGAACACCGUCCCUUGUGGCAGAAUUAUGGGACUCAUGGCACAUGACUGUAAUCUCUACCGCUGUACAUUUUCUUAGUGAAGAGGAUAUGCUGUGUGCACCAGUUCAUGCAGAAUAUGUUGCUAGCUUUAGCUGAACGAGCAACGCUAAUGCUCGUACCAACUUUGAUGUGUUUAAAUUUUAUCCUGUUCUUUCCUUGGGAUACUGGUUUCUUUGUUCAA